UAAAGCAUGGACCCUAGGAAAACAAUUACCCACACCUUUAUUCCUAAACAUCUGACCCGCUCUUUCUCUAUCCCAAGACCGUCUCACCCUCUUACAAAAUCAGUCAAACUCUUCAAGCCCAGUCCUCCAAAAUCCCCUAGCCCAAAGAGUCCUUCCAAGGAAACCCCAGUCUCUUCCUCACCUCGCCCAGUCUCCGCCGGAGUAACUUGCGCUGACCAGACAGUAGAAUCGCUUCUUUCCAGGAUCAACCAGCUUGAAGGGAAAAUCGAAGACCUGAGCCCAUUCUUCGAUAUGCUUGGGCUCAUUAAAUCUAACGGUCCAAAUGCCUCCGUAGGAAAUAUCCCUUAUGGGGUAUCGUGAAAGAGGCAUCCAAAACAAGUCAGAUGUACAUGUCUCACAAGCUCAGACAAUUUAAGACAGGCUGGAUACCCUAAGUUUACAAUAGUUUUUGAUGAUGCCGAUUACGACCAAACUAAAGAUCAGAUCUUACUACUGCAGUCUGAUGUUGAGAAACUUAAUGCAAAACUUCGAGAUAAGGUUGAUGACCUUAUGGGAAAGAUGCAUGACACCAAGCUACAAGUUGCUGAUCGAGUAACUGACAACACUUUCAGAAAAGAAGUAGAAUCUAUCAAAUUUUCGUUAAAACGAAUCAAUACUAUUGAGGCAAAAAUCCCCAAAUUAUGUCUCAGCAGUGAUAUGGAUUUGGUAAGAACAGAACUGGAGAAGCACAUUAUUAACUACAAUUCAUUCAAAACGAAAGUACUUGAGAGAUACUAUACCAAGGAUAAAACUGAUGAAAUCGUCACCCUCUUAAACAAAAGCAACACUAAAAGACUCAAUGAGCUUGAUGAAAUCAGAGAGAAGAAUGAAGCUUUAAUGAGCCAGGUAAACAAGCAGAUGAAAUCAACGACUCUUCAAAUGAAAUAAAGACAGAGAUAUUGUCCAAAAGAUGAUAGCUAAGUUCAGCAGCCUUGCUACCAAGGAUGAAGUUCUGAAAGUAGAUGAUAGAAUUGAUCUUUGAUCUUUGAAAACAGAGCUCAAAGCUUCAACUUGGCAAUUUCAAAAAUUGUUUAAAGAACUCAAGGAUAAUAGUCAAGAAGUUCAGUUAGAAAUGAAGAAAAACAAAGAAAUAAUAAUGAGAUUCGAUGAAAUUAUCACCGAAAAAGCUUCGAAAUUCUCCCUAAACGAGCUUACCCUCAGUCUCACCGAACAAAUAAACACUAAAGCCGACCAGAGGCAGGUCCAGCCGCAACUAAAAUCCUUGAGUGACCUUCUUGCCUGAUCUGAACAAGAAAUCUCUAAUACAAACCUUAAAAUUUCGGAAACUUAUGACCAAAUUUCUCAAGAAAUGACCACCAAAAUCACAAAUUUAUAUCAGCAGCUUAAACAAGAUAUUCAAAUUAAGUACAAAGGGGAAAAUAUUGUCACAAAAACAGAGCUAAGUACAAUUUUAGAAACUAAGGUUGAGAGAGAAGAGCUCAUACACUACCUCUAAAGACCAAGUCAAGCACUGAGCAAUAUGACAGUACUAUAAAGGGACUUGAAGUUUUACACAAGCAGAUAAAGCAUUUGUGUGUUAUCCUAGUCGAAUUUGUGAGGCAGGAGAUUUCCAAAUAUAAUAACUCCUCAACCUCUGUGUUUGAAAAUAAGAAGAAAGUGAUGACUAUAAUGGACCAGACUGUUUCAAUAGCAAAAUGGAUAGAUAAAUUCAACCCAAAAGAAACAAAACCUCUUAUAGAAGAUCUGUCAAUUCCUCAUAAUCUCGAAAAUUUCCAGCAGACAGUUCAGCAGACACUUGAUGAACUGAAAGUAAUCUCUCUAUCAAAGAAUAAUGAGUUCCAGCAGAAAUAAGAAGCUGGCUAAGUACCUCGCUAGGAUUCAGAGGAAUUCUACAAGGUUAUUAAAGAUCAAUAAAACAUUCGAUAGGAGUUCGCAGCACGAUUCAAAUUCUGUUGAAAUCGAAAUUCCCCACCACCCUCCUCACCUAGCUCCAAAACUAAACUCCCGAUCAGUCAGCCACAUAAAAGCCCGGAAGCCCUCUUCCCACCUCACUAAGCCUCUGCCCCACUCCACAUUCAAAAGCCCUUACAAAAUUCCUGACCUAAAAUACAUCUAA